AUGCAAAGUGAGGAGGAAAUACUUGAACGAACUAAUAGAGUUGAUACAGAUACUAUUGGCACAGAGAAGAACAUUGAGGAGACUAGUAAAGAUGAUGAAAUUUUAGGAUCAAAACCCAAACGUAAAAAAAAAUCAGCAAUUUGGUCAGAUUUCACAGAAAUAAAGGAUGCAGAUGGAGUAAUGAAAAUCUCUUGUAUACAUUGUAAGAAGAUGUAUAGAAAAACCAAAAUUACUCCAACAACUCAAUUGCAUCGACACUUGCAAAGUUGUGCUAUUAAAGCAAAAGCUGACAAGUCUAAAGAUGGACUUUCGCAAACACAACUUGGUUUUGUCACCAGUAGUGUAGAUCCAACUUUGUGUUCAAGUCUGUAUGUCGGGAAAUUUGAUAUGGAGAAGAUGAAAGAAUCAGUGGCUCAUUGGAUCAUGAUGCAUGAGCAUCCUUUUUCUAUUGUGGAAGAAGAGGGAUUCAAUUUGAUGCAAAGAAGAGAAAUGCCUGAGUGGCGAGGAAUUACAAGAAAUACAUCAAAAACUUAUUGCAUCAACGUUUAUGAGGCAGAAAAGAAGCAACUGAAAAGUUUUUUGAAAAAUGUGAACAAAAUCAGUCUCACAACGGAUUGUUGGAAAUCAAAGAACCAAAAGAUCGAGUACAUGGUCAUUACAGGUCAUUGGAUUGAUGAAAGUUGGCAUAGCGUGUACUUAACUUUGUUCACAUUCCACCUCCACGUCGAGGCCUUGAAAUUGCAAAUGUCAUUUGGCGCUGCUUGGAGGAUUGGGGCAUCGAUGAUUUAUGUGAGAAACAAAAGAAGACUACUUUGUGAGGGAAAACUAUUCCACGUAAGAUGUUGCGGCCAUAUACUUAAUCUCAUUGCUCAAGAUGGACUUUCUGAGAUUAAAAAUAUUGUUGAUGUUAUACGUGAUAGUGUAGAGUAUGUCCGACGAUCCGAUGCAAGACUUAAAAUAUUUUCUGAGAUAGUGAAGCAAUUGAAUUUACCAGACAAGAAGUUAGUUGAUGAUUGUCGGACAAGGUGGAACUCAACAUAUGAAAUGUUGGCUGCUGCAAUCAAAUUCAAAGAUGUCUUCCCAAGGUUUGCUGAUCGGGAACCACAUUAUGAUAUUUGUCUAAGUGCAGAGGAUUGGACAAAAGCAGAGAAAGUGUGCUCGAUAUUAGAGCUAUUUUGGACAGUUGCGCACAUUGUUUCCGGAAGUGAUUAUCCUACUUCAAAUUUGUUCCUUAAUGAGGUGAGCAGAGUGAAAGUUUUGUUAGAUAAGAAGUCAUUGGAGAAUGAUAUAUUCAUUCAGGACAUGGUUGCAAGAAUGAAGAAGAAGUUUGACAAAUAUUGGUGA